AUGGAGAACCAAGUAAGGCACACGGCCUCUCGCUUCCUUCCUUCAUCUCUCACUACCUGUCGGUCCCGAAACAUAUCGGACGUCAUUGAAAGCUCCAUCGUCCUUACUCGGAACACCAAAAAUCUCCAUGAACACCACCUUGUCUCUCCCAAAAUACAAAUCUAUCCUCCAUUCACCAAACCCAAAAAUCCAAAUGAUCUCACUAUUGCAAAAGAGCUCAUGGAAGUUUCGAAACCCAAAACCCAGUUUUUCGAUUGUAAUGCUGAAAGAAGGAAGUCAUUUCCCCCUGUAAAACCUUUUUCGCCAUUGAAAUAUCGCCACAAGGAGAUAAGUGGUAAAGAGACAAAGAUCAAGAAAAGCUCCUCCUCCAACAGUGGGUGGUUUAGCAGUGAAGACGAAGCUGAAGAUGAUGGUGGCAAAACCGACACUUUUUUUAGCUUAUCUUCCGGUUCUUUUGAAUCUCUUUCGUCGGAAAAGAAAUGA